GCAUCAACGAAGCAAAUCAACGUGGUUGUCACAGACGACGGUUGCGAUACGUUGCUGUAUGCUAGCGUAUGUAUGCAUGUAUAGAGGAUUUCCUGCGUGUCUUUUUUUCCUUUGAUUACGCGUUGGGUACCUUGCGGCUUGAAAGGUGCAUGCGGUGUAUUGGACUAGAGACCCACACGUAAUAAAGUCUACUUUGUUUUCCUUCCAUUUAAUAAUCGUACAGAGGCACCUUUCAGCUUAAUACACACACACACACACACAUACCAUUUUACUGUGAUGUCGUCAACGGAGCCGAGCGUUGAUCCUGCCUCCGCAACUUCCACCGAGGUAGUGGCCACCACCUCCCUCGACGCCUUCUCCCCCGAUGAACUGAACAUGGCAGAGGUCGCCCUGCGCACCGUAAUGGAGGCGAAGGUGCAGGCGCUUGCAAAAGAGCAGGGCGAGGCGGCCAUCCAAAACCUCAUCCAACACGAGAUUGCGAAAACGCGUAAGUUGGAGUCUGAUCUGGCUGCCGUGAAGAAGAAGUUAGGCGCACAAGAGCGCGUAGUAGACGACCUGCGCGCCGAGAUGCGCAAGGCGAGCGCACAGGAGGAGAAGGCGAAGUACAUGUGUCACGCCUUGCAGGACACGGCCAAGAAGCGCGAGCAGUUGACGGAGAAGAUCAGCGCGGAGAUGGAGUCGUACCGGCAGGGCGUCCGCGAACGUGUGGAGCAGAACGUGGAGAGCAUCCUCAGCGAGUGCGCUGCGAAGCGCGAGCGUGUGGAAGCGGCAGAGGCGGAGGUGGCGGAGCUGGAAAAGAUGGUCACCGAGAAGAAGGAGGUCUUCGAGAACAGCUUCGCUGAAUUUCAAGACGGCCUGAAGGAUCGCACGAGCCAGUAUCAAGAAUUAAUUGCGGCGUACCAAAAGGCGGCAAAUGAGGUGCAGCUGCUGGAGGCGCGGCUGUCGUUGAUGCGCCGGGAGCGCAACUCGGUCGAGAUGAACCGCGCUGGUCUGCAGCAGCAGCUGGAGGUGUACGAUAGGCAGUUUGAGGGCUUUGCGAAGUCGGUCAUGACGCCGGCGGAUGUGGAAGCCCUCGCACAACGGCAGCUCGAGCAGACGCAGCUCCGCCUGGGCGAACUGGAGAAGGAGAAGGUGAACCUACAUCAGCAGCGCCUUGAUAUGGAUGGGGAACUGACGGAGCUGCGUGCGAAGCACGCCGGAUUAAAGCGGGAGGUGAAGCAGCUGGAGAAGACCCGAGCGGCGGCGGAGAAGCGCUGUCGUCAGGCACAACAGAACCGCGCAAUGAAGAAGUGA